UUGCACUGCAACAGAGCACAUGGUUGAGAAGAGCCUGGGGGUUCUUGCUCCAUUCCAAUAGUUUCAACCUUACAGAUUAGCUGGGGACUUUCCUCACAUCGUUUUAACAGUGUCUGAUCACCAAAACAAGCCAAAAGCACUUCCAGAACUUUGUGUGAUAUACUUUGCCAAGUGGGCUUUAGCCAAUGGCGUCCCACAAAGCCAUAGAAACCAUGCAUGCCCUGUUGUUUUCCUCGUAAGCAUAUAUAUAGAGAGCAAGCCUCCACACCUUCUGCACACAGACUUGAGUGGCAAAGAACAGAAAAGCAAAGAAUGACUCAAGCUCAUUCGAAGUCAUGCUUCCAACAAUUCUGGGAUGGAGUUCAAGUUAAGAGGAGCAGUGACAGCUUCAGCAUCGAGCUUCUGCCAUCUCUUGGUGCAACAAUAAAUCACUCGAACAAGCUGCAGAAGUUUACUGUAUCUCCAUAUGAUCCACGUUAUAGAUACUGGGAGCUGUUCCUUAUAGUCCUAGUUAUUUACUCCGCCUGGAUUUGCCCGUUUGAACUAGCAUUCUUGAGGGACUUACCCUCUAAGCUUUUGCUAGCUGAGAACAUUGUCAAUAGCUUCUUUGCGAUUGAUAUUGUUUUGACAUUCUUUGUAGCUUAUGUCGACAGCAAAACACAUCUUCUUGUGGAUGAUCGAAAGAGAAUUGCAGUAAGGUACCUAUCGACUUGGUUCAUCUUUGAUGUAUGUUCAACAGCUCCAUUUCAACCAAUAAGCCUUCUCUUUACACGCAAGGGAAAUGACCUGGCUUUUAAGAUACUCAAUAUGCUCAGGCUGUGGCGUCUUCACCGAGUCAGUUCGCUGUUUGCCAGGCUGGAGAAGGAUAUAAGAUUCAACUAUUUCUGGACUAGGUGCUCAAAACUUAUUUCUGUUACCCUAUUUGCGGUGCAUUGUGCGGGAUGUUUCAACUACAUGAUUGCCGACAGAUAUCCCAAUCCAGAGAAAACAUGGAUAGGUGCUGUUAUGCCUACUUUCAGAUCGGAGAGCUUAUGGACUAGAUAUGUUACUGCACUUUACUGGUCCAUUACAACACUGACAACAACGGGUUACGGGGACCUACAUGCUGAGAACCCAAGAGAGAUGCUGUUUGAUAUCUGCUAUAUGCUGUUUAAUCUGGGUCUGACAGCUUAUCUCAUUGGCAAUAUGACCAACCUGGUUGUUCAUGGGACCAGCCGCACCCAGCAAUUUAGGGACUCAAUCCAAGCGGCUUCAGAAUUCGCAGCACGACAUCAGCUGCCCGAGAAGAUAAAGCAGCAAAUGUUAUCUCACUUCUGCCUACAGUUCAAGACAGAGGGGCUCAACCAGCAAGCCAUGUUAAAUGGUCUCCCAAAAGGAAUUCGGGCAAGCAUAGCAUACAACUUAUUCUUUCCGAUCAUACGUCAAAUCUACCUCUUUCAUGGAGUCUCCAACAAUUUCAUAGCAGAAUUGGUAAUGGAAGUGCAGGUUGAGUAUUUCCCGCCAAAUGAAGACAUAAUGUUGCAGAACGAAGGAGGAGCAGAUAUUUACGUCAUAGCUUCAGGAGCAGUGAAUAUGAUAACGACAGUAAAUGGGAAUGAACAGGUAUACAGAAAAGUUGCAGAUGGAGAUAUGUUUGGAGAGAUUGGUGCUCUAUGUGACAUACCCCAGCCAUUUACUUACCGCACAGCUGAACUGUCACAGCUCUUGAGAAUAAGCAAGACAAGACUAACAGAGAUCAUUCAUGAACACAGCGAAGACGGUCAUAUUGUAAUGAACAAUCUAUUCCAGAAGCUGAAGUUGCAGGAAUGUUUACCUGAAUUGAAUCAACCCGAUCGAAGAUUCAUGGGCAAGUAUGAGCUAUUCCGUGUUCCUCAAGAAGCAUGGCUGUUACCACAGCCAUUCCUACAAUACCCAGAGCAGAAAAGUGAGGAUCUUAGUAAGAACGCCCCAACCUUUGGAGGCGAUAAUGGUUCGACAAAAUUAGGUGUGGAAACAAUCCAACUGAGGAUGCCACAGCAAGAAAGAAGUCAUGACGAAUCAAAUUGCAAUUAUGGGGCAACAGAUGGGAUGGAGAUUAACUGUGGGACCAAAAUAAGUACUGAAGAUUUCUGCAUUCAGAUAAAAUCUGAAGACUGUGGUACAGCAAGCAGUUGGCAAACAAGCCAUGAAUCGGUGCAGCUGGGCUCUUCUCACAGUACAUCAGAAGGUAUAACAAGGAGCAGAAAUCGAGAUUCUAGUUCCAUAAAAGCGGCAAACAAAAGAGUUACAAUUCAUGCAUAUCCUCAUAACGCAACAAAUUCUUUAGUACAGAAUGGAAAGCUUAUCAAUCUGCCUGGUUCAUUGGAGGAGCUUUUUGAAAUUGGCAGUCAGAAGUUUUCAGGUUUCGAUCCAACAAAAUUGGUCAGUAGAGACUAUGCUGAAAUAGAUGACAUCAGUGUUAUUCGAGAUGGUGACCAUCUAUUCCUUAUUCAGAUGUAGAACCAGAAUAGCACUAACCUAACCUAACAACAAAGAAAGCUUCAAGUUCUCCAAUCUGGCAACAGCAACAGAUGCAAAUCGGGAUGUGGAACUGGAGAUAUGAAGAGGACGACAUUUUAACCUUUUUUAUAAAUUGUUUUGAACUUUUGAUCAUUUAUGACAUGGUGUAAAUAUCUGUUAUUGUACAACAAGCAGGCAGCCUCGGUGCAUGCA